AAUUAAGACUUGAUCAUGGCCAUCAACACGGACACCGACUUCCUCAAGUCCAAUUUAAGUGAAGGUGGAGGAGGCGCUCAGCCCGCGGACCCCCACGAGACGGAGAAACUCCUGGCGCUGACCACCGAGCCCGGAGGAAAUGGGAUGAAGAUGUCCACCUCCUUCACAGUCAACAUGGACAGCGACAGGGGCUUGGAGGCCGACCAGAACGGCCACAGCGUGGCGGUGAGGUCGGGCUCCGCGGGGCAGCUGGGCGCCGCCGCCCCACUCUCCCCGUCCAAGGCCAGUCUGAGCCGCUCCUCCACCGGGAACGCUACGGUCCAGGAGACCCCGAAGCCCCGGGAUUAUCUCAUCCUUGUCAUCGUGUCCUGCUUCUGCCCCGUGUGGCCCGUCAGCAUCGUCGCACUGGUGUACUCCAUUAUGUCCAGAAACAGUCUCCAGGUGGGAGACAUUGAUGGGGCCAGGAGGCUGGGUCGACUUGCUCGUCUGCUCAGUAUCGUCGCCAUCGUCCUGGGCGUUGUCAUCAUUGUAGUCUACUGCUCAGUUGCAGCCGCAAGCCAUUGACAUGGAGGACCUGAGGGGAAAAAAUGAACCGUGAAAGCCAGACCACGGAUGAAACAAGGGGGGAGAAAAGCCCAUUCCAAAACAAAAACACCCCCAACUUUAUGCCAUAUUGUAAUUACAUCAUGACCAACCUCUGAAAGCAAAAAAUAGGCAACUUGAGAGAGUAGGUAUUGCAGCAAGUAAACAAAUAAAAACAUUCAGAGAAAAAAAAACAGAGAUGCAUGCAAUAGAAUCCAGUAACCUUUGCUUGACGAAAUAACAAAGAACCUGAUGUAAAAUUGUGUGGGUUAAAACGGAGGAAAAAAGACUAUACAGACUUGUAUGUGGCCAAAAAGAAACAUAAAAUGUUUGGGUUUUUUGGAAAUAAUGGACUUCUUAACACAACGAGGACGAUCUACGUAUGAGAGUGAACAACGGACGUUUUCUAUG